GUCACGUCAAGUUCUGGGCGUGCACGGUGAUCCACAGCAGCUUGGUGUCGCGAGCUUCAACAUCACAUCAAACAAGACAGACAUCCUUGCAAUUCACGACUACGUGGUAAAAACUACCUACCUACUCUCCACCCACUCCUAGUCAUUCACGAACCAAAAUAGGAUAUCUCUGCGCACUGGCCACAAGCAGCACCUUGAUUUGUAUUAUCGAUAUCCGUUGUCGGUGAGUCGCCUUUUUGACGGGAUUUUCCGUCUAGAGUGGGAAAUACGAUGGCGUCUCCACCAGCCUACACUCAGUCGCCCAUCGCGCUCUCACCACCGCAGCCGUCCAACAGCCAGCUACCACUCACCGCGGCAGCCCUCAGGAACAACGCGUCGGCUGUUAUCGGCAGUAAGAAGCGACCAUCGAUAGCUGGCGACGGCAACAACGCCCCAUCCGUCAACAAGCGCCGCAAGGCCUCGACCAUGUCGGUGACCUCGGUCCCGCCCGGAUCCGCCCACCCGCUCCGCCAGACCUCCUUCCCGCCAGAAGACAUGGGCGGCCCCCGCUCCCCGUCGGCUUUCUCCGACAACAUGAGCAUCGUGUCGGGCAGCCAGGUCAGCGCAGUCGGCAGCGGCGUCGGUCCGCUUCUUAAGAAGAAGCGCGGCCGCAAGUCAAAGGCCGACAAGGCGCGCGAGGCGGAGCUGGCAAAGGUCACGGGCUCAAGUGCUGCCCCCUCGGUCGGCGGAGGCGCUGGUGGUGGUGCUGCUGACGGCAAGAGCGUGGCCGGUGGCGGAAAGGGCGGCGAGGAACACGCCGAGGAGGAGGAGGAUAAUGAGGAUAACGUGCAUAUGAGUAUCACUUCGGCCAAGCGGUCCGAGGCUCAGGCACAGGAGGAGAAGCGUUUGCGUGCAAUGCUCACGCGGUGCAUGGACGCAGACCAGUUUGACAGAUAUUCCAACUGGAGGGCGGCCAAGCUGCCGGACCCUGUCGUUCGUCGUAUCGUAAACGCGACUGUAUCACAAUCAGUGCCACUACAGGUGGUUACGGCGGUCCGCACAGUCACCAAGUUCUAUCUUUGCGAUAUCAUAAUGAUAGCACGCCAGGUGCAGGCCGAGUGGAUCGCGAGUGGAGAGGAGGUGCAGGCCGCUCCUGUGACGGAAAAUGAGGAUGGAAGUUUUGAGGUCGGCGAAGAAAUUCCAUGGCCAGGAAAGGUCAUGUCCGCAGCAGAGGAGGAGGCCGCUGAAGAGGCAGCGGCUGCAAGCCAGGGUGACAGCAGCGCAACACUCAACAACUCCUUCACCGAAGGUGGUGCUGCAUCCGCGAGUUUUGCUAGUCGUAUCGACGAGAGAGAUCGCCAGAAGCGGGAAGUGAUUUUACGAGAGCCUCCCCGAGGUCCACUGCGGCCAGAUCACCUCAGAGAAGCAGUACGUCGCUACCAAGCGUCCGCCCAGAGCCAGGGAAUAGGGUCCCUCAGAGUCUGGCAGGAACAGCAGAAGAACGGCGUGGAAAGGUUUCCGGUCAAGACUGGAGGCAAGAGGAUAUUUAGGUGAUGACUUGAACCAAGAGGCCCCACUGCUUUUUUCUGCAUCGGGGUACAGUACAAUGCAGACUUGGGCGGUGGGUGAGGUGAGAUAUGGUGACUUAUUUCGUUUAAUUCUUAUAACUAAGGUACUUUCUCGUACCUACUUUCUCGCGCAAAAUCCUCUUUGAACACUCGGUGUCAAUGGGUAUACAUAAAUUCAAAGACGAUUCCGACACUUUGUUCAUACACUGGAAUUUCUAAUGCAAAGGCAAAGGUUAUGAACACCCAAAU